AACACUGCAGCCGCUGAGAGGAGACCGCACAUUAUUAACUAUUAUUAAAGUCAACUUACCGAGUCCAGUGAGAGAGAUGAAGAGACCGAAGUACUUCACCCCCGCGGAGGUGGCCGAACACAACACCGCGGCCGACCUGUGGGUCUCGUUCCUGGGCAAAGUGUGCGACCUGACCCCGCUCAUGGAGCAACACAAAGGCGAAGCUCUGCUGUUACCCAUCAUGGAGUGCGCAGGAAAGGACAUCAGCAGCUGGUUCGACCCCGCAACUAAAGACGUGCUGCGGUAUGUGGACCCAGUGACCAGCUGUGUGAGGUACUACACCCCCAGGGGCCGGUUCCUGCAUGUCCCCCCUGCUGGCCCCCGGUCUGACUGGGCCCCUGACCUGGGCCAGCCCUGGUGGAGGGACCAGAGCUACCAGGUGGGACAGCUGUCCUCCAAGACCCGCUGGGUACGGGUCAUCAACACACUCACAGGCCAGGAGCAGAGGCUGCAGGGGAAUCGUCCCCCUAGGGAUACCCUGAGGACUGUAGGCACGGUCCCCCCAGGGAAUCUGAGGACUGCAGGGGGCACGGUCCCCCAGAGGUACUCUGGAGGACUGCAGGGCACGGUCCCCCCAGGGUACUCUGGAGGACUGCAGGGGCACGCGGUCCCCCUAGAGGUACUCGAGGACUGCAGGGCACGGUCCCCCCUAGAGGUACUCUGA